AUGGCAAUGGACAUGAUCGUCAUCCGAUUGGGUGCGGCGCCGACGUUGAAGGAAGCAUGCUGCCUCUGCUCUUUCACGAUCUUCCUCACUGCUGGAUUGGUCUACACGCUCUUGCCAUCCAAGUCGCUUCCUCUCAAGGUCCUGGUCAUUGUGAUGUUUCUGACGGCUCUGGUCUUCAUCUCCCGCACAUCCAUCCAUGUCAGAAACCGAUAUGUCGAGGAGGUCCAUGCACAGGACCUACAGGAACAUGUUUGGGCACCGGCAGUUUACGGCUCCAUGGAAACGACAGCACCCAGGUUCCACCGCGUUCUUGUCUGGACGUGCGUAGAUGACGCAGGAGCUUCAGAGGUCACCAUCAGGGUCCUGGAGGAGGUGGACCUCUUGUACCGGCCAUGCCUUUCUGAGACCUGCGUCUUCUGCCUGGAGGAUUUCGCUGCCCAGGAUGAGGUGACGCUGCUACCGUGCGGACAUGCCUUCCAUCAACACUGUCAUGCCGUCUGGCACGCGCUGAAGCGAUGCAGCUUCUCCUGCCCCCUUUGCCGGGAUACCUGUCCGACUGUCUGA